GGAAUUGAAUUAAAAUUGGGAAUGGUCACAGUGGCUGAACGCUAACGACGAACUCGCCUCUCGUUUCUUCCAAGAUUUUCAUGUCCAUCCUGCCUUCACAAAUCCAGGGUUCCACUUCAGCGUCUUCUUCUUCAGCAUCCUCUCUAAACCCUAAUUCCCACCAUGGAUAUGGACCCGACCCCCUUCUCUCUCUUUCCCCCCCGACGCAUUCCUUUGGAUCCCUGCGGAUCUCCGAUCCCGAGUCUCAUCUCCGUGAACCCUGCAAUGUUUCAGGUCCAUCGACUCAACCUGCAAAUGAUGCUCAAUCUUCCAAGAAGGUAAGUGAAUCAGAGACUCGGAAUGAUUUGAAGAUGUUAUCUCGUCCAAACACUGAAACCCAUUUGCGGUGUCACUCUGGUGAUGGUGGACAAGAGGGUGGAUCAAUCCUGCCUGGGAGUAAGAUGUCAUCUACUCUCAUUUCUUCUCCCGACCAGCAAAGUGCUAGACCUCUGAUCUCUCAUGGCAGCAAUAAACGCUCAGCUGGAAGAAAAUCCCAAAUCACAAAUGGCAACCACUUGCUUAAUUUUCAAUAUGAUCCCAUUUCUCGUCCUCGUCCUCGACCUAGAGCUCCUCCUCCAAGAAGGCCACAUAAGAUAAAGCCAUACAAUAAGGAUCUCUUUCUCCAUGCUAAUUACAAAUUUGUGGUAUUAGAUUCAGGUUAUCAUACAGCUGAAUAUUUGGAUCCUGAUAAAAUGCUGCAUUGGGAGGAUAUUAUAUGUGUGAGGUAUUCUACACCAUCGACGGUCCAGUGUCCUAUUUGUCUAGAACAUCCGCUGUGUCCUCAAAUUACCUCAUGUGGGCAUAUUUAUUGUUUUCCGUGCAUUUUGAGGUACCUGUUAAUGGGCAAGGAGGAUCAUAAAGGUGAUUGCUGGAAAAAGUGCCCUUUGUGUUUUGUGAUGUUGUCGCUGAAGGAUUUAUACACCGUCCACAUUGAGCUGUUGAAGCAAUAUUCUGUUGGUGAUACUAUAGAUUUUAUGCGUUUAACUCGGCAAAAAAAUUCAUUUACCAUAUCAUUUAAAGAUAAACAAGAGGAUGAUGCCAGGUCAAGUGACGGCGAUGAAAUCUAUGAUUCUUUUUCAAAGUUUAUAUUUACAUCUGAUGUGGAUCUCUCUGUGCGGAAAGCAAUAUCUGAUCUAGAUGGGUGGUUAGCAAAAGCUGAUGCAGGGGAAGUAGAUGACCUGGAAAAGCUUCCAUAUGUUUGUGCUGCAUUAGAACAAUUGGAGCAGCGAAAGAAGUAUUGGAAUGAUCAUCAGGCUUGUUUUAAGCACGAUGACUGUCAGAUAGGAUCUCAUGUGCUCCCGUCAACUGAUAAUAUUGACAAUCAUGGUCCUGGAGCAUGCAGUUCUAGACGUGAGGCUUCUUCCAUAAUUAGUGAUGGAAGCAAGUUUCAUGGAAAUGUAGUGCAAAAUAAGUUGGAUUAUUCUACUCCUGUGGGUCAGACUGGGGCUGCUGGUGAAUCUUUAGAACUCCAACAAAACUCAAAUGAAAUUAGUAGAGAUGUGAAGGAUAAGGACUCAUACAACUUUUACCAGGCUACCGAUGGCCAGCAUAUCAUUCUCCAUCCAUUAAACAUAAAGUGUCUUUUACAACAUUAUGGGAGUUACGAUAGGAUGCCACUCAGAAUAAGUGGAAAGAUUUUAGAAUUUGAAACAGUGACCCAGACUGAGGCCACAAGGAGGCGUUAUCGUUAUUUAAGUCAUUUUUCUUUAACAACGUCAUUUCAGCUCUGUGAAAUUGAUUUGACCAACCUGUUACCUUUGUCCUCGUUGAAUCCAUUCAUGGAUGAGAUAAAGAAGCGUGAGAAGCAGAGGAAACAACUUGCAAAAAAGAUGGAAAGGGAGAAGAUCAAAGCAGAAGCUGCUUCAACGUCUUCUUUGCAAAUGAUGGCUAGUUCUGGACAUUUCUAUCAUCACGAUACUCCAGAGCUUUCCCUGGAUGAUUUUGAAGCUUUAGGAAAUUCUCCUGGGACAUCAUCGAGCUCUCCUGUUGGGGGGCGGCUACUGUUCUCAAGCGUUACAAGACUUGGUUUUGCAGCGGCGCAUGAUUCUCAAUCCUUGAGAAUUGAGGAAACCGGUUCUGUGCACUCUAAUGAAGUGAAAAGUGAUCUCUCUGGUGUCAAUGACAUACAGAGUGCAACCACAUCGUUUGCGAAUGUAAUAUCGAGAGCAAAAUCUGGAGGAAAUAUAGAAUCUCCAAAGGCGAAUGAGGUCGGAAAGAAGGGGAAGAAACCAAGUCGAGUUCUGUUGUCCACGGCAGGUGGUCGGCGCUAUUGAAUAGUUGAAAGUGAAGCUUGUGAUUGUUGUAAUAAUGGUAUUUUCAGUGUGAUGUAAAUCAAUGUCCGUUUCAGGCUUUUGACAAAAGUUUAGGACUGUUUAGAAUAAGAUUAGCUGUGUACAUCUGAAGGCUAAAUAAAAUGUUUGCUGUUAAUGGUAUUUUCUUUUUUUUUUC